CUAGCUCAGCCCCUUAUGUGCCAAAACUUUCUUCACAAUCAUACUUGGACCGAUAAACCAUGGCAACGAUUUCCCCCAACAUGACAUCUGAAGACUACUCCUCCGACAAUGCUCUAAAUUCUAGUGAGGAGUACCAGCUCUGCAACAACAGCAAUGCAAUGGCCUUUGGCAGAGUCUUCCUCCCUACACUCUACAGCAUUGUCUUCAUUGUGGGGUUCAUAGGCAACAGCCUAGUGUUGUGUGUCCUGGUCAAGUACCACAAACGAUCCAACAUGUCAGAUGUGUGCCUCUUCAAUCUGGCCCUUUCAGAUCUCUUCUUCCUUCUCUCAUUGCCUUUCUGGGCUCAUUAUGCCGCCAUCACUCAAUGGACUACUGGGAGAUUCAUGUGCCAUGCAGUGACGGCGCUCUACUUGCUGGGAUUCUAUGGAAGUAUCUUCUUCAUGAUCCUCAUGACCAUAGACCGCUAUGCAGUCAUUGUCCACACCUAUAACUCCCUCUUAUCCAAGCACCGGUCUGUCAGAGCUAGCAUAGCUUUGGUUUUGUUUAUGUGGACACUUAGCCUUGGAGCUUCUCUGCCAAACAUCAUGUUCUCACAAGUGAAGAAUGAAUCAAAUAGAUGGACAUGCAGUGUGGAAUAUCCAGAAGGAAAGGUAUGGACAUCAUUCAUUUACAUCGAGCUGAACAUCCUCGGCUUAAUUAUUCCUCUCUCAGUGAUGUUGUUCUGCUACUCACGUAUCAUCACCAUUUUAAUGACCAUGAAGUCUAAGAAGAAACACAACGCUAUCAGGCUCUUGCUGGUCUUGGUCAGUGUUUUCUUCAUCUUCUGGACGCCUUACAACAUCGUCAUCUUCCUGAGGUUCCUGCAUCAACUGGGUUAUAUGAACACCUGUCAGUGGUAUAAGGACCUGAACAUGGCUAUGCAGUGGGUGGAAAGCAUAGCAUUCACUCACUGCUGCCUCAACCCCAUCAUCUAUGCCUUUGUGGGGCAGAGAUUUAGGAAUUUAUUUCUAAAGAUCCUGAGAGAGUGGUUUCCUCUUUGCUUUAGCCAGUGCCCAACAGGUAUCAUUCAGUUACCAGAAACGAGAAACUUCUCAAGCUCCUCAAUGAUUUCCAGCACAAAAACUGUUCGGCCAAAAGGGGGCAAAAGGGCAACAUUUGAAAUGUAGGACAAAAAGAUAAAAUGCCAAAAACAGUAAUCAUUAUAACAUGUAAUGUUUUUAUAAUUCCAUACUUUCAAUUUGCCUUAAAAAAAAACAUUAUUGCAUUUGUUUAGUGCAGUUUAUGUACAUUUAUGCAUGGAAUAUAUACACACAUUAUAUAAGUAUUAUUAAAUAUCAUUAAGACUCGACAUGUUUUCUUGUUAUAUUUUCGUCACACUAUUUGCAUACUGUCAUUUUGUAGAUGGAGCCCCUAAGCGUUCUUGUCUUUUAAGGAAUAAUCCUGUACCAUUAAAUGGUAGUGCAAAUCUAUGCAUCUACAUCUAUGGCUGGUUUUAAUAAAAGUUCUUAAUUCUUUAUAACCAUUUAUUUGGUCCCUACAACCUUGUUAUCUAAUACUUAUACCACAAUUUACAGCAGUGGUGGGCCAUCAGGGCCAGCAAGGCCUUCUCUGCUGGCCUAAACAGCAGGGAUCUGAAUCACUGACUUGCAUUUAAAUAUAUUUAAUAUAUUUUUCCAUAAAUGUGUAUUAAAUUAUUCCCAAUAGUCUAUUCUCUACAUUUCAUAGCUUUUCUCUUGGUUGCACUGCUUCCAGUAGUGUAUAUUUUUGAUGAGUGGCUGACAUCAUGUGUUGCCAGGGUGAAAGAAAUCUGCCAUAAGGCCUUCAGAAACAAUAGUGCCGGUGCCCAUAUCUUAAAAGAAGUGGCAAUGAAAUUGUAACCAAUCAGAUUUCGAGUUGGCAUCACUGCGACCAUCUAGCAGGCAUACGAUUAUGUCAGCAAUGUCCCGUCCUUUGAUUUGAUAAUUGGAGUAGUCAGAGGCAGCAAAUCACACAUAUACAUUAUUUCUAUAUUUGCUGCGUCUCAUUUCGGAUGUUGCAUCCUUUGGAGAUUGCAGUUUGCUGCAUACGGCAUCAAGAAUGUCUUUUCUGAGAAAAGUAACCAUAAUAAAAUCGACUAUUCCUUGUGAGGUGUGAAAUACUGAAGACUAAUUUCUUUUUUAUUUUGCUAUUUAACGGUUGAUUAGUAUCUAUUGCCGUGGCAUCAUAAUGAUGGUAUAGAGGUGGAUUAAUUCAGGAAGGACACCACUGACGGCGUAGGCCUGCCACUGGUUUACAGUAUGUUUAAAUGUGUAUGUAAAUCCCCUGCCUGUAAUUCAUAGCUAGUUCUAUGAUCUUGGGGCCUAUUUCUUUCAUGUCAUUGUAUAACAACAGGGGUUGGACAAAAUAAUGUGAACACCGAUUAAAUAUGUAAUAUCUCUUUAUUAAGAAGGUGUUGGACCACCAUUUUCAUUUAAUGCAGCUUCCAACAUUCUUGGAAUACCUUUAUACAACUUCAGAAUAUCUUCUAGUGGAAUUUUGUAUCAGUCAUCCAGCAAAAUAUCUUCUAGUUGCUUCAAAGAGGUUGGAGCAAGGAUCCUGCUUCUCACUCUUCUCUCCAAAAUUUCACACAUUGGUUCAAUGAUAUUGAAGUCUGGUGAUUGAGAUGGCCAGAGCUGUACUGGCGCUCCUCAAACCGACUCAAGACUGAACUCUUUUGACUGUAUGUAUCGGUGCAUUAUUCUCUUGAAAAAUGGCAUCAUUGUUUGGAAACAUUUGACCCAUAGGAUGCACCUGAUCACUUUUGCUAUAUAUUAUAAUAUAAUAUAUCAUAAUAGUAUAUUUUCAAAUAUUUGCUGGCAGUACCAUGAGCAUGUAGGCUAAAGAUGGGGCCAGAAUGCCAAGAUAUGGCCUCCCAAAUCUUCACAGAUCAACCCCCAUGUUUGACAGUUGGAACCAGACAGUUCAACCUGUAGACUUUCUUGGACAUUCCCCACACAUAAACUCAACAUGCUGUUGAGCUGCAGUGAGCUGAUCAUGUCCAAUAUUACACCCACAGUCUUUCUCAGAGUUACCAUCUGGAGAAGCUAGAGGAAGACAUCAGAGGGUAAAUUCAUGUGACAACUUCAGAACUGUACCAAAAGAUGGUGCUGUUACUCCAUACUAACUAUUUCAUUGGGAAUUUAGUGAGGAAGAUUCACCUUUGUAUAAACCCAUUAGGCACUAAGGUCAACCUGUUUCCCUUGUGCACUUAUCUUUAUUAACUGAUUUAAUCAAUAAAACAUGCUUAUUACAAGAAAGCAGUGGUGUCUAUAAGUAAUAUUACUUUUGAAAGCUUCUGAGACUAUUAUAUGUCAGUUAUUAAAAAGUUAAAUGCAUUUUGAUAAUCAUCAAGCAGUUAAAUAAAAAUUAAGGUGCUUUUAAUUUGGGAACUCUGGAAAACCUUAUACAUUUUAAAUGUUACCAUUUUGAUUUAGCUUUGGUUUAAAUCAUCAUCUGUCUGCUGCACCUUAUGCAAAUCUGUCCCACAGAUUAAGAAUUGCUUUGGAUAUUAAAUAAAACUGACCCGUACAGCUCAGUGGAUAUUUUCCAGUGGAUGCCACACAGAGAUAGGCUCAAUGAUAACAGAACAUAAAAAAAACCCAGUAAUAACUGGGCAAGACCACAAGAUAAUGUAUACUCAAUAAAGUGAAGUCAAUCAUUAAAGUUAAAAUAUGGAGGCCAUAAAAUAAUAUUUAGAAACCUUAAAAGUAGUGGUCAUGAGAUCCUGAGGCUCCAGUUCUUUAACAUUAUUUAUUUUUGUCAGCAGCAGGUGGAAAAAAUCUAUUAGCUUUUAGAAUUCGCUUAAGGUGCUGUGAGCUAAUGUUACAUCCAUGUCAAAAUAGCAGUUGACUCCAGCAUUUAUUAAUGCAUUUUUUCAAAAUUAAAGUGUAAUAUUAAUCACCAUUUUUAAAGUUUCUGUAGACACAACAGUCUACUUCAUUAAAUUUU